UUGGAUAGUGAGAACGUUGUUGAGGCUUCGCGACGGCGAGAGGAGUGCCAGGUCGGCUUACGGCGGGAUUAUAACGACAGUGCGCGAACGUGGUGUCGAACGACGGACGUGGUGAUAACGACGACGACGAGGAGGUGGCUGUCGCUCGCCAGUCGGCGAGGAUCGAGUGUCGCGUGCUGAACGGGAACUCGCGGAUAAUCGGGGGACGCGGAGUCACGCACGCAGCACGGUGUGAAGGUAACUUCCAGCCGGAAUCAUGAGCUAUCCAAUGUCGACGAAUCAAUCUAGGCCGAUGUCCCAAGGGAAUUACCAGGGCCCGGGCGACCUGCCCAUGGGCUCCGCCAAGGAGCAGACGCUGAUGUGGCAGCAGAAUUCCUACAUGAACGACUCGGGCAUCCAUUCCGGCGCUGUCACCCAGGCACCAUCUCUGUCCGGCAAAGAAGAUGAGGAGAUGGAAGGGGAUCAGCUGAUGUUCGAUCUGGACCAAGGAUUCGCACAGGGUUUUACGCAGGAUCAAGUUGAGGAUAUAAAUCAGCAGCUGAGUCACACUCGAUCGCAGCGCGUCCGCGCUGCCAUGUUUCCCGAAACCCUGGACGAAGGUGUAGAGAUACCCUCCACGCAAUUUGAUCCAGCCCAGCCCACCGCUGUACAGAGAUUAGCCGAGCCGAGCCAAAUGCUGAAGCAUGCCGUUGUCAAUUUAAUCAAUUAUCAGGACGAUGCUGAUCUUGCUACGCGCGCUAUCCCGGAAUUAAUCAAGCUGCUGAACGAUGAGGAUCAAGUGGUCGUUUCUCAGGCAGCUAUGAUGGUACACCAGCUGUCUAAGAAGGAAGCCUCCCGGCAUGCCAUCAUGAACAGCUCGCAAAUGGUGGCCGCCUUGGUGCGCGCUAUUUCUAAUAGCGACGAUUUGGAAUCGACGAAGGCCGCGGUAGGCACUCUGCACAACUUGUCGCACCAUCGACAAGGCUUGCUAGCCAUUUUCAAGAGUGGCGGCAUCCCUGCGCUUGUAAAACUACUGAGCUCCCCGGUGGAAUCUGUUCUUUUUUACGCGAUAACGACGCUGCACAACUUGUUGCUUCACCAAGACGGUUCUAAGAUGGCCGUGCGUCUUGCCGGCGGUUUGCAAAAAAUGGUCGCUCUACUCCAACGGAACAACGUGAAAUUUCUAGCCAUUGUUACCGACUGCCUGCAGAUUCUGGCGUAUGGAAAUCAAGAGAGUAAGCUAAUUAUUCUUGCUUCGCAAGGCCCGAUAGAGCUCGUGCGCAUCAUGCGCUCUUAUGAGUAUGAAAAACUAUUAUGGACCACUUCGAGAGUAUUGAAGGUAUUGUCUGUUUGCCCUAGUAACAAACCCGCGAUUGUGGAAGCUGGAGGCAUGCAGGCACUUGCUAUGCAUCUUGCAAAUCCGAGUCAAAGAUUAGUCCAGAAUUGUUUGUGGACACUGCGUAAUCUAUCAGACGCCGGCACAAAGGUUGACGGACUCGACAAUUUGCUGCAAAGUCUCGUGCUUGUGCUCGCAUCAGGAGACGUGAAUGUGGUCACGUGCGCCGCUGGCAUUUUGUCAAACUUGACCUGCAAUAAUCAGCGCAACAAGGUUGCGGUGUGUAACUUUGGCGGUGUGGAUGCUCUAGUUCGUACGAUCGUCAAUGCUGGUGAUCGGGAGGAGAUAACCGAACCGGCGGUGUGCGCCUUACGUCACUUGACCUCGCGUCAUAACGAAGCGGAAAUGGCGCAAAAUUCCGUUCGAUUAAAUUAUGGUAUCCAGGUUAUAGUCAAAUUACUUCACCCGCCGUCGCGCUGGCCAUUGGUGAAGGCGGUUAUCGGAUUAAUCCGCAACUUGGCUCUUUGUCCUUCUAAUCACAUCCCGUUACGCGACCACGGCGCGAUACAUCACCUUGUGAGACUCUUGUUGCGCGCAUUCCAAGAUACUCAACGACAACGAUCAUCGGUUGCUAGUACCGGAAGUCAACAAACAUCGGGUGCAUAUGCAGAUGGAGUACGCAUGGAAGAAAUAGUGGAAGGUUCAGUAGGUGCUCUUCAUAUUCUCGCAAGAGAAUCCCAUAAUAGGGCGAUAAUUCGAUCACAGAACGUAAUUCCGAUUUUCGUACAACUACUGUUCAACGAGAUUGAAAAUAUUCAACGUGUAGCAGCCGGCGUACUUUGCGAGCUGGCAGCCGACAAAGAAGGCGCCGAGAUGAUAGAACAAGAAGGUGCUACCGCCCCGCUGACAGAGCUGCUGCACUCCAGGAAUGAGGGUGUUGCUACUUAUGCAGCGGCAGUGCUAUUCCGUAUGAGCGAGGACAAGCCUCAAGAGUACAAAAAACGACUUUCCAUGGAGCUGACAAAUUCUUUGUUCCGCGAGGACACAAAUCUAUGGAAUAAUGCCGACUUCGCAAUGGCUCCGGAUCUUCAGCUACCUAAUCUUCAGGACAUGCUCGGCCCUGAACAAGGCUAUGAUGGUAUGUAUGGCCAAGGACCUCCUAGCGUACACAGCAGCCAUGGCGGCCGGGGUUAUCAACCGCAAGGUUAUGACCAGAUACCAGUAGAUUCGAUGCAGGGGUUAGAGAUAGGUGGUGGAUCGACGUACGGCGCAAUGGACACUAUGGACGUGGCGCACGAUGGCAUGAGUUUCGAGCAUUUGGAAGAGCUUCCUGCACCGCCGCAAGAUAACAACCAGGUCGCGGCCUGGUACGACACCGAUCUCUGAAUCCGUGCCGUUAUCGAUCUCACGAGAUAGCGAAGGAACUCAAAAAGAGCAGGAGCGUUAUUUUAAAGUACUAAGCGAACUUUCAUAGUAGAGACUCGAUUAUCCGAGCGCUACAGUUGAAUGUCCGCAUUUUAGACUCGUCAGGACCAAACCAAGUUGUCCCGAUCUUUCCCCGCAAGUUUCUCAUUUUUAUUUUAAUGACAUAUGCAUACAAUGAACAUGUCCUUGCUAUCUCUGUCUUUCUCUUCCCCUCUUUUUAAAAUCAUUUUCUUGCCACUUAUGACCGGCAAACCGAGCGUCGAUUGUUGUUAGGUGGAUAACGUGCCAAGUGAUCACACAGUGCUUGGUAUCCCGAUUCAUGAUACGGACAUUUGACUGUAUUCGAAUAGUGUACCUUAAGAUAUGUAAACGAUGUAUCUUAAUAAUUAAUUAAAUGACGCUCGGGAAAUCGGAGUUCUGCAUUUACAAGACUCAUCUUUGACAUGAAGUAAUACCGAUUGGUGGGCUAUCGUGUCUCGACCGUCUUUCGGUCUGCGAGAAGCCCCCUUCGAAUACGGCUGCAUUCCGAUAUUCACUUUCAGCAACUGAAAAUCUAUAGUAUACGUUACGUAAAAUAUAGAUUUGCAGUAUUGACAGUGAAUAUCGGAAUCCAGCCUAUAAAAGAUUGGUUAGUCGCGCUAUAGUUGACAUCUUCCUAUAGUCCACGUUUGUUUCGUCAAACAGAAAGUGAAAAAAAACAUUCGCUAAUCCAUAUCGACCCGAGAAAAUGUAUCGCCUGUAUGUAAUCGCCUAAUAUGAUCAUUCACCCGAGCAUAUUAAACAUUAAUAUCGAUGUAUUAGAAUUAAGGAAGACACAUGUAAUUCGUACACACAUGUAUAUGUAUCGUUUAAUUGUCUAUACAAAUAAACCGAACAAUUAAGCGACCAAUA